AUGACAGUAACUCUCACUCGGAGAGAGACGUGGAGUCUCAUCGCACUAUCGAUAGGGUGCUCAGCCAUAUUGGUAAAAAAUGCACUUCAAGAUGGGGAGCCUCUGGUGGCUUCACUGGCAUUGUCUGGAAUCGCAUUUGCUGCGAGCUUUAGCCUCAUUCGAUGGCUAGGAAAUGUAUUCAUAAAAGCUGGGCUUAAAGGGAAGGACAUGUCCAAGCUUAAGAAGAUAGAGAUACCCGAGACGAUGGGCGCAGUUGUUGCAGUUGUUUACAUUCUUACUCUUAUCGUGUUCAUUCCAUUUCCCUUCUACAAAGAACUUGUAGCGGCUACAUCUGGUGGAGGAAAUCGUGAUAUACCCUUGCCCGUUCAUCGUGUGGAAACAGGCCGCUUUCUUCACAAAUUUCCUCAUAACAAGUUUUUCAUUCCAGCAUUUGCUGCAGUGCCGAUGCUAAUCGUCUACUUUGUCGAUUUCGGAGUGACACAUGUCAUAGUGCCAGUCCCCCUUCAAGCUUACUUGGGGCCCUCUCUGGACCUGGGUUGGCUGUACUAUGUCUAUAUGGCCGCGGUCGCCAUCUUCUGCCCUAAUAGUAUCAACAUGUUGGCUGGAAUCAACGGAGUUGAGGUUUCGCAGUCAAUAGCCAUAGCUUGCCUGUUGAUAACCAAUGAUGCACUGUUUCUGUCGCCAUUCACUCCAUACCCACACCCAGCCACGGAUUCUCAUCUAUUCUCAAUUUAUCUACUGCUACCAUUCAUUGCUGUUUCACUAGCCUUAUGGUGGCAUAGCUGGUAUCCUUCUAAGGUGUUUGUCGGGGAUACAUACUGUUACUUUGCUGGCAUGGUCUUUGCCGUUGUUGGAAUAUUGGGCCACUUCAGCAAAACUCUGUUGCUGCUAUUUGUUCCCCAAAUCUUCAAUUUCUUGUACUCUACACCACAAUUAUUUCACUUGAUACCUUGCCCGCGGCACCGAUUGCCAAAGUUUAACCCGCGAACGGGACUCAUGGAACCAUCCGUUACUGAGUGGACACGUCCUCCGCACUCCAUCAUCGCAACCGGUUUGGAUUUGCUGGACAAACUCUACCUCAUGCAGGUAAAAAGAAACGAAGAAGGCAGCAUUAUCGAGACAACAAACUUGACCUUACUUAACCUCUGGUUACUCUGGUUUGGACCACUGCGUGAGGAUAAGUUGGCGAUGCAUAUAGUCGGCCUCCAGCUUCUAUGCGGCGUGGCUGCCCUGCUCGUCCGCCAUAAGCUCGCCUUGUUAGUGUUUAGAGAGGAUAAUCGCGGGCCCGGAUUUGCAUAUAGCUUUGUAUAG